GAAGUGAGCAAAAUGUGCCAAAAUUUCAGCACAAAGAAGCAAGCUAGUUGAGACCCAAGUGGCAAACACGGAGAGAGUCAGAGAAAGAUUUGAAGACAAAUUCAGAACCAAAAAAAUGAAACCGAGGUUGAGUCGUCUGCUACUAAUAUUGGCAUUUCAAUGGAGUGUGGGUCUUGUUGCAGUGCAGGGCAGUGCAUUUGGGCAUGAAGACGGAGAAGAAAGGUGUAAUCUCUAUGAAGGAAGUUGGGCCAGUGAUUCCUCAUAUCCUCUCUAUGAUGCCUCCAAGGAUUGCCCCUUCAUCGUCGGUCAGGGCUUUGAUUGCCUCAGAAAUGGCCGACCUGACGGGGAUUUUCUUUCGUACAGAUGGAAGCCCUCUGCUUGUGAUCUCCCCAGGUUUGAUGGGAAGAAAUUCUUGGAGAGAAACAGGGGAAAGAAGAUAUUGUUUGUUGGGGACUCCAUUAGCAACAACAUGUGGCAGUCACUUGCGUGCAUGCUUCACUCUGCAGUACCAAAUACAAAUUACAACUUCAUGAAGAAGCCUAAGAAUCUCUUGAUAUUCCUAUUUCCGGAAUAUGGAACUGAGAUUACUUGGUUGAAAAAUGGGUUUCUGGUGGAUUUGGUGAAAGAUAAAGAAAAAGGGAGGAUUCUGAAGCUGGAUUCUAUAAGUUCUGGGGACCAGUGGAAAGGAUUUGAUACCUUGAUUUUCAACACCUACCAUUGGUGGACUCAUACAGGAUCGUCUCAAACAUGGGAUUACUUUCAAGUGGGGAAUCAGAUUAUAAGAGACAUGGAUCACAUGGAAGCUUACAAGAUAGCAUUAACCACAUGGGCCAAAUGGGUUGAUUCUAACAUUGAGCCUUCAAAGACCAAAGUCCUGUUCCAGGGCAUUGCUGCCUCCCACGUUAAUGGGAAGGGCUGCCUGGGAAAAACUCGGCCAGAGCAAGGGGCAGAGCCGCAGUAUCCCGGCGUUGACAUAGUGAAGAGCAUUCUGCGGAACAUGAGCACACCAGUUCAUUUGCUUGACAUAACCAUGCUCACACAGCUUAGGGUUGAUGGCCAUCCUUCCAUCUUCACAGGCCGAGGUGCUUCUUAUGUUGACUGUAGUCACUGGUGUCUAGCUGGUGCUCCUGAUUCUUGGAAUGAACUCUUGUAUGCUGUUUUGAUUGGCAACUAAUUAAUAAUAUAUACUUCUUUAUCUCUAA